GGAGGGAGGGAGGGAGCGGGGAGGGAGGGGGAGGGGGCCGAGACAAAGCGGCCGCUAAUGAAUGGGGACCGGGAUCCGGAUCCGGCUGCUCCUCCUCCUCCUCCGCCUCCUGCAGCCGGGCCGCCGGGCCGAGGCCGGGGCCGGAGACCGCCGCGGAGAUCCUGUGCGGACAUAUGGUCGGGAAAGUGGAGAAGUGUGGGCGAUGAAGCCGAGGCACCGGGAGAAGAUGCUGAGUGAUGUAAAAGGAUCGUGUUUACAUUUUCAAGAUGGAUGGAAUGCUGACUUUGAGAAGAGAAGCUGAACCGUCUCUGGUGUUCACAACAUGGAGCGUCUCCUACUCAAGAGGCUGGAGCAUGGCAACUUAGGCCCUGGGACGAUCUGCUUCUGAGGAGAUGCAGAGGCUUUUGUGAGUUGUGUCUACAAGUUCUCAGUAAGAACUGGCAAUGAAUCCUGUUUGCAGAAAUGGCCACAUGAAAGAAGACUGAAGAUUGGGUGUCUGUGCUUUUUCCCAGACUCAGUUAUCUGGAUCAAACUGUACACAAUGAUGCAGCCAGAAUAAUCACCAUCAAUCAUGGAUAAGAAUCAAGAAACAUGUUCCAAAAUGGAUAAUAGUUUUGUGUUAGAUAAAAUAAAUUUUAAAGUAGAACCUGAAGAUAACACAACUAACCACAGUGUGGAAAGAAUGGAUUUUAAGAGUGAGCAAGAGGACGUGAGACAGACAGAUAGCAGUGAUGAACAAGCAGAAUUCAAAGGUAAAACCUGUAGUGGUCGUCACCCUGGGAAAUGCUCAUCUGCUGACCAUGAGGAGGAUUAUGGCACUUUGUUUUCCCAAUAUGGCAGCACACUGUAUGACGUGGCGAUGGAAGCUGUGGCUCAGAGCCUCCUCUCCAGCAGAAAUAUAAGCUCCAGGAAAAAAUCUCCAGCUUGGAAUCACUUCUUUAUUUCUCCUCGGGAUAGCACUAAAGCAAUAUGCAUGUACUGUAUGAAGGAGUUCAGUCGGGGCAAGAACGAAAAGGAUCUAAGUACGAGCUGUCUGAUGAGACACGUGAGGAGGGCCCACCCUACUGUGCUCAUUCAGGAAAAUGGAAGCAUGCCCAGCAUAUCCUCCUUUCCCUCUCCAUCUCUGCUCCUCCCUCCACAGCCCGCCGACGUCAGCGACCUAAGCACCGUAUUGUCCCCCAUAAAGCUGGUCAAAAAGAUGGCUUCCAAGAUACCCUCCCCAGACCGUGGGAUUGAGGAGUCUGGCUCUGUCGUUUCUUCUGAAGAAAUGUCAUCUGACUUGUCCAUUUCUGAGAAAUACAACAAAGAAGAAGCACUGGUGGUGUCCUCUCCACACCUGCCCAGCGCCCAGUAUGAUGAAGUUGUGGAGAACGUAGCAGAAAAGACUGUUCCUGUCCCAAAGAGCACAUCAGGUUCCAGGAGGAGGUCUGCUGUCUGGAAACAUUUUUAUUUGUCUCCUUUAGAUAAUUCUAAAGCUGUUUGCAUACACUGCAUGAAUGAAUUUAGUCGAGGGAAAAAUGGGAAAGAUCUUGGAACGAGUUGUUUAAUCAGGCACAUGUGGAGAGCCCAUCGUUCAAUUGUUUUACAGGAGAAUGGAGGGGGGACAAGUAUCCCACCUCUUUAUUCCGCUCCUCCUACUCUGUUGCCUUCUUUACUGCCCUCGGAGGGAGAUUUGAAUUCAGUGUCCUCAUCUCCAGGAAAGCUAGUUAAAGAGUCCCCUUCAGCCUCCUCUUCUCCUGAUAGGCUCACGGAAGAAAUCCAUGCUCAUCUCAAUCCUGGAGAUGCUCUAAUGGAAGACGUGUCCGUUCUGUCGUCUUCCGAUGACAUCGGUGAAGCUUCCUUGGUAUCUUCUCCCGAGAAGCAGGGGGACGGAUUGAGUACCUUAAUCUUUGAGCCGGGCACUGUUUUUCAACAAAAUAAAAAGAUAAUGAAAAGACUGAAGUCAGAAGUUUGGCAUCAUUUUUCACUGUCUCCCACAGACAAUUUAAAAGCAGUCUGCAGAUACUGUAGUUGCAUGAUCAGUCGUGGGAAAAAGGGGGAUGUUGGUACCAGUUGUUUGAUGAGACAUUUGUACAGGCGUCACCCGGAAGUGAUCGGGAACCAGAAAAGCUUUAUCGAUGCUAGUUUGGCAAAUUCUCCUUAUGCCACUUUGGCUUCUGCGGAAUGUUCCUCCUCUAAAUUGACUGACUUGCCAACGAUGGUUUCGAAUGAUAAUCAAGUGAUAUUUCCUGUUAGUAGCAAAAAGACCUCAAAACUGUGGAAUCAUUUUUCAAUUUGUUCAGCAGACUCCACAAAAGUAGUCUGUUUGCACUGUGGACGUACAAUAAGCAGGGGGAAGAAGCCAACCAAUUUGGGUACCAGUUGCCUUCUCAGACAUUUACAACGGUUUCAUAGCAACGUGCUGAAAAAUGAUGCCUCAGAGACGGUGUUGCCCUCCACUGCAGAGAUACGUGUGCCCCUGAGCACAGAGUUACUAGCAUCAUCAUCCUUCGAUGAAACCAAUGAAAAGUUUUGUGACUCUCACCCAGUUGCCAAAAAAAUCACAAGUCUUGUAGCAGAAAUGAUUGCACUUGACCUUCAGCCAUAUUCUUUUGUAGACAAUAUUGGCUUUAACAGGCUGCUUGAAUACUUGCAACCUCAAUAUUCUUUACCUUCACCGUCUUACUUUUCUAGGACAGCCAUCCCAGACAUGUACGAUAAUGUGAAGCAGAUCAUCGUUUCCCAUCUUAAGGAAGCCGAAAGCGGCGUGAUCCAUUUCACCUCUGGGAUCUGGAUGAGUAGCCAGACUCGAGAGUAUCUCACCCUCACCGCACACUGGGUCACGUUCGAGUCGUCCGUCCGGCCCCACUGUGAGGACUACCACUGCUCCGCCCUGUUAAAUGUGUCCCAGGUGGAUUGUGACUACAGUGGAGUGAGUGUUCAGAAGCAGCUGGAGUAUUGGUGGGAAGCCUGGGUCACUUCCGUUGGCCUUCAGAUUGGGAUUACUGUGACUGAUAAUCAAAGCAUCGGGAAGACAUUAAAUGAAGGGGAACACUCCAGCGUGCCGUGCUUUGGUCACACGAUUAAUCUGAUUGUCAAUGAGGCCAUUAAAAGUCAGAGGAUGGUUCAGAACUUACUUAGCAUCGCUAGGAAAAUCUGUGAGCGGGUCCAUCGGUCAGCCAAGGCAAAGGAGAAACUCGCCGAACUGCAGAAGGAGUAUGAGCUGCCUCAGCACCAUCUCAUUCAAGAUGUUCCAUCCAAAUGGAGCACGUCCUUUCACAUGCUCGAGCGCCUCAUCGAGCAGAAGAGGGCAAUCGAUGAAAUGUCCAUCGAAUGUAGCUUCAGAGAGCAGAUUAGCUGUGAUCAGUGGGAAGUCAUGCAGUCUGUGUGCCAUGCACUGAAGCCCUUUGAGGCAGCCAGUCGAGAGAUGAGCACGCACGUGUCCACGCUGAGCCAAGUCAUUCCAAUGAUCCACAUUCUCAAUAGGAAAAUAGAAAUGUUAUUUGAGGAAACGAUGGGCAUUGACACCAUGUUGAAGUCUCUGAAAGAAGCGAUGGUAAGUAGAUUGUCCUCUACCCUUCACGAUCCAAGGUACAUUUUUGCUACACUUUUGGACCCUCGUUAUAAAGCUUCCUUAUUUACAGAAGAGGAGGCUGAACAAUACAAGCAAGAUUUAAUCAGGGAACUAGAAAUAUUGAGUUCUACCUCAGAUGAUAAACCUGUUUCCAAUGGGUGUGAUAUAGGUUCACCGUCUACAAACUCUGUUGCAGAGGACAGCCUCUGGUCACUUAUGGCCAAGCUUAAAAAAAAAGAUCUGAAAGACAAGACAAAGCUGCCAGAAGAAAUGGUGCUCGCCUACUUGGAGGAGGAGGUGCUCGAACACAACUGUGACCCCCUAACUUACUGGAAUUUAAAGAGAUCCGCCUGGCCGGUGCUGGCCAAGCUGGCUGUCAGGUUCUUGGGCUGUCCCCCAAGCAUCGUCCCUUCAGAAAGACUGUUUAGCAGUACAUCCAGUGAAAACAGCAGCUUUGGCCAGUCCAGACUAAUGAUGGAACACUUUGAGAAACUGAUCUUUUUGAAAGUCAAUCUUCCCUUAAUAUACUUUCAGUAUUGAAACGAAUGAACAAGCUGCCAGAUUCACACGAUUGUCGCCUACUGGAUAUUCACUGUCUUUGUAACUGGGAUUGUUGAGUUGCUCCACUUAGGGGCCAUGUAUGACAUCUAAUCAGUGACCCUGAUUCCAAGGUUCGCUCCACUCUUCAGCUUUCAAUAUAAUGUCUACAUGUGCCUUAUCCAUAGUUCUUCAGGCCAGAUGGUGUAUAUAUGUUUUUUAAGACGUCCACACUAGAUAGUCUGUCUUGUCAAAUUAUAAAAUGAUUAUUAGGUUUUAAUCCAUAACUGUAAACUUUUAAAGGGGGGUUGUCAGUCAUUUGUUUUAAUAGAAUGGCAAAAAAAAAGAUGUACACAGUUUGACUCUGUAGGGUUUUUUUUUAUUCAAAUUAUGUAAAAACCAUGAACCAGGUACUGUAUUUUAGUUAAACUUUGCUUUAAUGGCAGCAGAGCAGCUUUUGUCGCUGUCCAGUGAAAGCUGUGUUUCAAAGGUGGAGGUCAAGCCAUCCUUUCCUCAGCGGUCAUUGACCGCACACUCUUAGAGGGUAAAAACAAACCAUACGGGAGAGAAAGCCGCUUACUAGAACAGGAAUUUUUUAAUAUUCGAACACAGGACUAAAGUAUUAUGGAAUAUCUGUUAUACAGGGAUCUCUAAAGAAACUUCCCAUUGAUUUUUGUGGGGUUUUUUCGGUGUUUGUUUUUUAUUCAGGUUUUACAUUGUCCUUGAGCUUCAGAAAUAUUCUGAGUAUUUAUAUAAGCUGCUUGGUAUUGACCAAGGUCUGUGAGUUUAUGCUUAUGUUAUUUAAACACAGUGCAGAAGAUGGCAAGAAACCUACAGCCGCAGUUCAGUUAACGGGUUGUGAAGCCUCGAAAACCAGCUUUGGGUCUCUGAGCUCCGAGACUGCCAGUGUCAAACCAGGCGUUGGUUCCCGGGUCAUUUGAGCAUGUGCAUACGAAUCUGUUGUCGAAAACUCAUGACUGUUUGACAUUCACGAGAAUAGCCUUAUAGACGGGCCACCCGCAGUCUUUGGAAACAGGCCUGGGAGGUCCGGCGGGCGGGCGGGCGGGAGACUUUAGAACCCUAAGACAUCAGAAGAAAGGAAAAGUCGUCAGGUUUUCUUUGGACAGUAUGUUCUCGAUAAUGUUUUUGUUUUAACACCUAGAAAAGGGGUCAAUUUCUCAUUUCAGUUUUUAGAUGAAAUACUUGGGGGGUAAUAAGUCACUCAUUUGCCUAUGAACUUUUAGAGAAGUUGUAGUUUUGUUAAAAUACUGUACCUUUGCCUAAUCUAAUUUUUGCAUUUACUAUGUUUUAGUGUAUUUAUAAAUGGUGAACUCAGUUUCUGAAAUUAAACAUUUUAUUUGCAGUUUUCUAGU